AUGCCUCCUCAAAGUAGAGGAUCCUCACCUGAGCGAAGCUUUGCCAAAGCUAAUUCAGUUCCUCCAACGUUGAGACCAUAUCUGGAGAAUCUUCCUUCACCAACUGCCUUGAUCCCGGGAGAUCAACGAACACCCACCGGACCGCGCAUGAUCAUACCAGAUCGUGAUAAUUCAACUCCUACACCCACGCCCACUCCUCAACGAAGGGCACGCUCCACCACUGCAUUCCAGCUAGGAAGUGAUGAGCAUGAUGGACAUAAUGAUGAAGAUCAAUAUACCGAGGGCCAGCCGGCGGAGAAUGAAGACGAUGUAGCAGGGGUGACACUCACCGACGAUGACUUUGAAUCGCACUACUCUCGACAAGACUCUUCAGCAUCAGAGGACGAGGAAGGCUCUGACGGUUACGGGAAUGAGAAUGACGAAGACGACCAUGACCAGGAUGGUAACAAAUUGAAACAAAACGGUGCAGCAGGACCUAGCGGGAACUUUCCAUCCUCGUCAGAUCGCCCUGACUCCCUGUCGAGGGUUCGAUCUCUCCCGGCUGGACCACUACCACAUCUUUCUCAUGUCAAUACUCAGCAUUAUCAACAUAGCGGACUACAUACCUCCCAAUCAACAACCUCCCUGCCUCCGGUCCCGCCACCCCUUUAUCCACCUUUCUACAACCGUCCCCCAACUCCCCUACCACCCUCGCCCAGCUUAACUUCGCUUCUGCGCCCGCCCUCUUUACUCAAUCGCUCCACGACAUCCACGCGUCCCACCACUCCAGACUCAUCGGAUGUCGAAACUCCGAACGAUACCGAGGCCGCUGUGGCUCAUUCCGCCCGUCGUGCGAAUCCCUUACCACCCACCCCACCUAAAGUGCCUACCUACGAAUACUACGGGUUCGUCUUGUACCUGGCAUCAUCCUUGGGGUUUUUGAUCUACAUUCUCUGGUCAUAUCUCCCUUCACCUUUCCUCCAUGCACUUGGAGUGACCUACUACCCGAAUCGGUGGUGGAGUCUGGCCAUCCCGGCCUGGAUAGUGAUUCUUUUGAUCUUUAUCUAUGUUGCUUUGUUGAGCUACAAUGUCGAGUAUCUGACCCUUCCGCUCACAAGUCUGGAAUGCAUGGUUGAUGACGCUGGAAAUGUGGCCGUCGUGGAUGAAUAUGGCCGUGUCCGGAAGGGAGGGAGCAAGAAGUACGUCAAAGAACUGGAAGAACGAGCAAAAUUGCAAAAAGAGAUGGAAUCUAAAGGGAAAGUGAAGGGCAAAGGGAAGGGGAAGAAAUCUUCGGCUUCGGGAUCGGGCUCCUCGAAGCAAGCAAAUCGCAACCGCCGCCGCAUGAACGAGACGGCGGGCAACCAUCUGAUUCAAAGUCCCCUAAGGAAUGAUCCUCCCGAGAUUCCAGCCCGCUUUUCUUAUCCCAGCUCCACACAUAUGACAGCAUUGCCUCAUCAUUUCGCAAACCAGCAUCAUGCCUAUCCCAGCAACUAUUCGUACCAAGAGAGGAGUAAUGGUAACGCACCCUACAGGCGGCUGAGCGAUGCCGAAUACCCGAAUUGGAGACUUGUUUGGAAUGAAGGCACUGACGCUGUUAUGGACGUCCCAAUUGGCGGUGUCUGUGAGGUUCUGUAUGGAGGUGAUGGGGAUCGCGCAACUUUCUGA